AUGACUGCUGCAAAAAAGAGAUACAGACGUGUUAUGAGCAAAAAUGGACCAGUAGAAGAGGCGAAAAACAAUGUUGAAGAAGAAAUAGAGAAAAUAGGAGAGUCGGAAAGCAAUAGCGAGCAGACCAUCUUACAAGGUGGUUGGUUGCGGUGGAGUCAAUUGUUGGAGGUAGCUAAUCGGCUAUUGAAGCCUUUGGCCCGAUUCCAUAAGAAUGUUCUGGAUUUGAAAAAUACAAUACAUGAAAUGGAAAAUGAACUAAAUGAAAAUAACCUGGACAUUAUGGCAUUAAAUUUUCAAAAUUCUUAUCUCAUCGAAGAAAAUAAAAAACUUUCAAAAAUGGAUGAGGAUAAUCUCGGACAAAUUAAAAAUCUUUUGAUCCAAGUGAAUUAUUUGGCAGGGGUUAUUCGAAGUCAAUCAGAAAAAACUAUUUUAAAUCGUAAAAAAAGAAGAUUAA